AACACGAUUACAUCAAUAUAGUCUUUCUAAAUCUUUCUUUCUAAAUCGUUAAUUUUCUGAAAUCAAAAUGAAUUUAAUUUUCAAUAUUGGAUUAUUGUGUACUUUACAAUUAGUGAAGUCAUAUGGGAUUUUGAAUUAUUUCGAUGAUUCAAAAUUUGCAGCAACUGAACGUAAAUGGGAGAAGGGCGACGGUGGUGAACGUGAUUCUAAUUAUAAUUCCGAAAAUGGAGGAAAAGUGAAUAAUGGUUAUGAAAUUAUUCAUCACUAUGAUAGAGGUGAUAAGGGAAAUAAUGAGAAUAGUCAACAUAAUGAGAAUUACAAUAAUGAAAAUAAUGCUCAAGCAAAAUAUCAUCAUGAUGAUGGUUAUUAUGUUGUGCAUCAUAAGGGUGAAGAGGGUGAGAAGGGUAGUAAUUUUCAUGAGGAGGGUAAUUAUGAGAAAGGACACAGUAUAAAGGGUCAUCAUGUCGUUCAUAAAUUGGAUGAAUAUAAAAAGCAAACGGAUUUCUAUGAUGAGAAUUACGAUCAUGGUCAUCAAGAGGAUGAUGAGGUUGAUUAUAACGAGAAGCAACAUGAUAAUGGAAGUCAUUAUGCGAAUCAUCAUCUUGAUGAAGAAUAUCAGGAACAACAUAAUAAAAAUAAGGGUGAUUUUGAAAAUGGACAACAUUAUCGUGAGCAUAAGGGACAUGAGGAUGUAGCUGGUCAUGAUGCUUAUGAUCAAAAUCAAAAAUUAUAUAAUCAGAAGAAUGGUGAUAAAGUCGUUAAAAAAUGGUACUUUGAAAUAGUACACUAGUUUUAUGUUUAUAGAAUUAUAUCCUAGGGGGUCUAUACAGUCAUCAUUUUCAAAAAAUUUAUAUUUUUUUUCAAAUUUCUAUGAUUUUUACAACUUAACAACGUCUCAGAAACAACAACGACUUGCAACAACAAUUUUCAUUAUGAAGGACUUAUAUUAUGGCUCUGGAAUCCAAAAUUCUGAAUGAUCCUGCAUCUCGUUUAUAAUCAUGUUCACAUCGUUCACGCACUAUUAAACGUUCUCAUAUGGCCUCAAGGAAUAAAUGUUUACAACAUAAAGACACAAUUUUUUUUAUAAAAAAAAAUCACGUUAAGAACAACUGAAAUAAUAUAAAAGUGACUUUGACUGAUUUUA